AGUCCUGAGUUCAAAGCUGAUUAUGGGGUUUAGGUUGGGCUACGUGUAUUAAUACCUGUUAAAACAUUUCAGUAGCCAACUAGAGUUAUUUAGGCCAUGUUCUGUGUGGCGAGUACAAAGAAAAUUUUAACCUGUCUAAUCCUAAAACAUUUCUGUUAAUGGAUUACCGAUGCUGUUUUCCCUUCUAUCGACACUCGUCUAUGCAUGUCUUUGGGGAGAUGUAAGGAAGGCGAAGCGGUUUACUGAUGCAAAACAAAAGUAGUUAGAAAGGUAAUUUUUAACCAGCUUAAUGACAAUACGGAGUCCUCGACAAAGUAAAUAUGUAACGUGUUACCUGCUUAGUGAAAACGGCCAGGAAGCGCUCAGCUAAGUGAUCAGAGGGCUUUACUAUGUCCCCAUCUGUUUAAAGCGAUGAUGGAGAACACGGGCUACUGCAGUGAGAGCUUCACCAGCCUGCAGAGUGCCGCCAGCGAUGAGGACAUGGUGGAAAUUGCUGGGGCCACUCUGGAUUUUUCCAGUACUGAUGAUGUUCCUCCGUUAGACCGUGACUACGGAUCAGGUGGACUUGAGAAUGGGCUGAAUGGGGUCCUUAAGCUGAUGGAUCUUCUAGAUGAACCAGUGCCUGGAGUAGGCACGUACGAAGACUUCAACACCAUUGACUGGGUGCGAGAAAAGUCCAAGGACCGGGACCGCCACAGAGAGAUUGCCAGUCAGAGUAAAGAGUCUACCUGGGCUUUGAUAAUGAGCAUUCAUGAUGCCUUCUCUGGUUGGCUUCUCAUGCUUCUGGUCGGACUGAAAGCAGGUGCCCUGGCUGGUGGGAUUGACAUCGCCGCUCACUGGAUGACGGACCUGAAGGAGGGCGUGUGUCUCAGCCGUUUCUGGUUCAACCAUGAGCACUGCUGCUGGAACUCCAACGAGACCACAUUCCAGGAGCGAGACAAGUGUCCUGACUGGAAGAGCUGGGCCGAGCUCCUCAUUGGCUACAAUGAUGGGCCUUUAGCGUACAUCAUGAACUAUCUAAUGUAUGUUUGCUGGGCCCUGCUGUUCUCAUUCUUAGCUGUGUCUCUAGUCAGAGCCUUUGCUCCCUACGCCUGUGGCUCUGGUAUCCCUGAGAUUAAGACCAUUCUCAGUGGGUUCAUCAUCCGUGGUUACCUGGGCAAAUGGACUCUGAUGAUUAAAACCAUCACUCUGGUGCUAGCCGUGUCAUCUGGCCUCAGUCUGGGUAAAGAGGGGCCACUGGUCCAUGUAGCCUGCUGCUGCGGGAACAUCCUUUGCCACCUUUUCACCAAGUACAGAAAGAACGAGGCCAAAAGACGAGAGGUGCUUUCUGCUGCAGCUGCGGUUGGCGUUUCAGUGGCAUUUGGAGCACCGAUUGGAGGAGUCCUCUUCAGCCUGGAGGAGGUGAGUUACUACUUCCCCUUAAAGACACUGUGGCGUUCUUUCUUCGCUGCUCUGGUGGCUGCCUUCACAUUGCGCUCCAUCAAUCCAUUUGGAAAUAGCCGUCUGGUGCUGUUCUACGUGGAGUUCCACUCUCCCUGGCACCUCGUAGAGUUGGUGCCAUUUGUGUUGCUGGGAAUUUUCGGUGGCAUUUGGGGUGCCUUCUUCAUACGGGCCAACAUCGCCUGGUGUCGGAAGCGCAAGACAACGCGUCUGGGCCAGUACCCUGUGCUGGAGGUCCUGGUAGUGACUGCGAUCACAGCUGUUCUGGCGUUCCCCAAUAGCUACACACGCAUGAGCACCAGCGAGCUUAUCUCAGAGCUGUUCAAUGAUUGCGGCCUGCUGGACUCCUCCCAGCUCUGCAACUAUGCUAAUGUCAGCGACAUCAAGCUUAGUGGGAACACACUGCCCGACCGGCCCGCUAGCCAUGACGUCUACAUGGCCAUGUGGCAGCUGGCACUGGCACUUAUCUUUAAGAUGCUCAUCACUGUGGUGACUUUUGGCAUGAAGAUACCUUCAGGUCUGUUCAUCCCCAGCAUGGCUGUAGGAGCGAUUGCAGGCAGGCUGCUGGGAGUGGGCAUGGAGCAGCUAGCAUAUUACCACCAUGACUGGGUGAUCUUCAAGGGUUGGUGUUCACCUGGUGCAGACUGCAUCACACCAGGCCUCUAUGCCAUGGUGGGCGCUGCUGCCUGCUUGGGUGGUGUGACUCGUAUGACUGUCUCUCUGGUGGUCAUCAUGUUUGAGCUGACCGGAGGCUUGGAGUACAUUGUGCCGCUCAUGGCUGCUACCAUGACAAGUAAAUGGGUAGCGGAUGCACUGGGCCGUGAGGGAAUCUACGAGGCCCACAUCAGACUGAAUGGUUACCCAUUCCUAGAGGCUAAAGAGGAGUUUAGCCACAAGACACUGGCCAUGGAUGUUAUGCGGCCUCGUCGUAGUGACCCCCCACUCUCCAUCAUAACGCAGGAUGGUAUGAGUGUAGAGGAGGUGGAGGCUCUCAUCGUGGACACGUCUUACAGCGGCUUCCCUGUGGUGGUCUCUCAGGAGUCACAGAGACUGGUGGGCUUUGUGCUGCGUCGCGAUCUAGUCAUUUCCAUCGAGAAUGCUCGGCAGCGACAGGAAGGCGUGGUCAGCACCUCUCGGAUUUUCUUCACAGAGUACACGCCCCCUCAACCACCGAACUGCCCCCCUCCCCUGAAGCUACGCGGCAUCAUGGACCUCAGCCCCUUCACCGUUACUGACCACACUCCCAUGGACAUUGUGGUGGACAUCUUCCGCAAACUUGGGCUGCGCCAAUGUCUCGUUACUCAUAACGGGCGUUUAUUGGGCAUCAUCACCAAGAAGGACAUUUUAAAGCACAUGGCCCAAAUAGCCAACCGUGACCCAGACUCCAUUCUCUUUAAUUGAAGCUCCAAGCUGGCCUUUCUUAUCUCACUCAUGCUCCAGUGUGUAGCCACCUGUCAGGCAGGGAGCGCCUGUCUGACCAAUCAUUUGCACUACAGCACAGCCUGUGCUGGAUGAGAGUCCACUCACACUGUGAUGGCCAUUUUGUAGGGCCUCGGAGCUGCAGGCACACCGCCAAGGUGGACAACUUGCAGCAAAACACCCUAUGCACCUCGACAUAGCUUAACCACCAAGCUUGGCCAAAUCAAGAUGCCAAGUUUUUUGUUUUCGUUUUUUCCCCUAAGUAGCCCUGAUCUUAACAUAUCAAGACUAUCACUUCAUUUUGAAAAAAAGAAAAUAAAAAAAUUCUGUGGAUUUGCACAUACCACAAUCCCAAUCAUGUUUACCUUUAGAUAUAAUGUGUUGAAAUUCCUGCAGAAUGAUAAAUCACCUCCAGGAUAUCUGCUGACUCUGACAACUCAAAGCCCCAUGUUCUCUCGGUAACAGAGGAAUGCUUUGUUCGUCUUUUGUUUGAAUACUUUUCAUGGAUGUGUGUGUGUAAGCAGUUAUUGACUGGUUUUGCCUCUGCAGAUUUCAAUCAUUCAUUAUGCCAUAGAUAUCACAAAGAAUGAGCUAAAACCAACUAAACUAAAACUAAAAAUGUGCCCAUGUGUUUUCUGUGUUGUGAACCCUUCCGUUUUUUUAUUUGUGUCUGUCAGAAUUUUGACUUUAAAUAACUGGCUUUUUCAGCUUCUUCAGCAGAAUCAUCAAUGGAGUUGUCAUUUAAGGAAAGCAUUUCAUUUCACAGUAUUAAGAAGUAUGUGGGGAAAGUUGCAGAGCACUUUUAUUUUUCUCAAAGAGCCACUGCUUUGGGGUUUGCAGUCUUUUUUACCUUUACAUUAUCCUCAAAUAAUGAAAUGUACCAGGACUUUGGGCAUUCCACUCUACUUUAAAUGGGCUGUUUUUGUGCUUAGUUGAUCUGGCAUGAAAUUGCUGCUGGGUGUCAUUGUAUGUUCUGCCCAUCAGGCCUGAACACUUUGUCCUUAGAUGAGUUUUAUUUUCUUUGCUAGAAAUCCUGUCUUGUUGCUUUAGUGGUUGAUUACAUUAUUUAAGUUAAAUUGACACAUUCUGGGAUUUAUCUUGGCAGCAGGUGAUGCGGAUCUUCACCCAGCCAGGUGGCUAAACCCACAUUAUCAGAAUACAAAUUUGCAGAACUGAUCAAGUCCAGAAAAUGUGGCUGUUUAGGCUUUAAGGAAGAGUCUGAGGAAAAACUGUAAUGGUCUGACUAAUCACAGACUCACCGCCUCAUAACUUAAGGCUUCUACAGUAGCCGUGCUGCUGUUUAUUUCAUACACUUCAUUUAUGGUAGGCAUAAUGAGCCGCCUGUAAUAUGUUAAAUAUUGUAUUAUGCUAUAUGCCUCAUGAUAUGAUGCAUGCGUGGUAGAACUUUCUGUCAUAUAUCACAAUAAGCAUUAACAAUGACCCUAAAUUUCCAAUAUAUUUUUUAAAUGUACACAUUUUAUGUAAACACUACUCAAAACAGUAUAUAAAAUUUAAAUACUAGGUCUGAUUAUUGUUUCUAAUGCUUCCAAACUUGUGUGCCUGGAUUGUAAGGCAGCCCAUGCUGUGCUGUGAGCCACCUACCUGGGUUUAAAUCCAAAUCCAUUUGUUCUUAUGGAAGUGACAUAUAAUAGAGAUCAGAUGAUUAUAGAUUACAUGCUCAUGUUUGCGUUGGCUGCCUAUUAGUUUUAUGACACUGCCCUUGGUCUGCUGCAAAAGCUUACCAAUAAAAUACGUUAUUUCAUUGUUUACAUCCUCCAAAGACACAUUUAUAUGUAUUGCUUUAAGCUUUUUCUCAUCUCAUUAUAUACCUGAGUUAAUACUGGAAUUUUAUCUAACCAUCUACCCUGACAUCUGAUUUCUUUAUUAGGCAUUGCUAAUGAGAAGAGCUCUUUAAGUACCAGGGCUUCAAGAAGCCCUUUUACAAUUACUGUUGAAAAGUCUGUAAAUUGAGAUGCACAAAAAGCCACUUUUCUUGCAGAGUAUUCCCUUUAUUAAAAAAACAAAAACAAAAACAUUGUGUACAUGUAGGGUCUUAAACAGCGUAACCUCUUUAAUCCAUUGUUUGUACUUAUUUUAAUUGUCUAAUCAAUGCUUGUUGAUCAUGAACAUUUAUAUGUUAGUAUUAAAUAUGAAUGUAACACAUUAUCACAGUAAUUUAUGCAUUAAUACCCAUGAGACAAGUUAAGAUGUGAUCUCCUGUGUUUAUUUGAUUGUAUGUAAAUAUAUAAGCAAACUAAACAAAAAGCUAAA